AUGUUUAUGGGCAAUAGGACGGAUCGUUGGUUAAAUCGUAUCGGAAGUAUCAGUAAUUCAAUGGAUCGUUUAGACGGUAGACAUAGAUCAAAAAUCUCUCCGUACUUAGAAGGUUCACCUGAUGAUGAAAUAAUCUUAUAUCGACAAGGUAUAACAACGAAAAAUGCUCGUAUCCAAACUUCAUUCACACCAGACGAAAACGAUCAUCCUCGACGACAUGUCAAAAGUAAAAAUGCUCGAGUACAAACGAUGUUAACAGCAGCUGAACUUGAUGAUCAAUCAAAUGACUUCCAUCGAUAUUCACGAAAUAGAGAUCGACCCGUUUCAUCUGAUAAACUUGUUGAUGAACAAAGAGAUCAGAUUCAAGCACCACCAAUUCGAGGACAACGAGCGCUUGUCGAUGAACCAGAUGCAGACCCCAAUAAAAAAGCAACCGAAGAUAGUCCGAAAGACGUAUCAAUUGUAGAAAUGGAGCCAGUAAAUCCUAUUGCUGGAUAUGCUGAAGAGCCUCUUGUAUCCCUUGUUGAAGCAUGUGAACCACUANAUGUAGAGUCGUGUCGAAUACAAUCCGUCUGUUUCAUCAGAUAA